AUGGUCCCCAAGGUCGGUAUCAACGGUUUCGGUCGUAUUGGCCGCAUUGUCUUCCGCAAUGCCAUUGCCGCCGGCAAUGUCGAUGUCGUCGCUGUCAACGACCCCUUCAUUGAGGUCCACUACGCUGCCUACAUGCUCAAGUAUGACAGCACUCACGGCCAGUUCAAGGGUACCAUCGAGAUCGAUGGCACCACCGGCCUGAUUGUCAACGGCAAGAAGAUCCGCUUCUACGCUGAGCGUGACCCUGCCGCCAUCCCCUGGUCCGAGACCGGCGCUGCCUACGUCGUCGAGUCCACCGGUGUCUUCACCACCCAGGAGAAGGCCGGCCUGCACUUGAAGGGUGGUGCCAAGAAGGUCAUCAUCUCCGCCCCCUCUGCCGAUGCCCCCAUGUUCGUCAUGGGUGUCAACAACGACUCCUACACCUCCGACAUCAACGUCCUCUCCAACGCCUCUUGCACCACCAACUGCCUGGCUCCCCUCGCCAAGGUCAUCAACGACAACUUCGGUCUCGUUGAGGGUCUGAUGACCACCGUCCACUCCUACACUGCCACCCAGAAGACCGUCGAUGGUCCCUCCGCUAAGGACUGGCGUGGUGGCCGCACUGCGGCCCAGAACAUCAUCCCCUCCUCCACUGGUGCCGCCAAGGCUGUCGGCAAGGUCAUCCCUGCCCUGAACGGCAAGCUGACUGGCAUGUCCAUGCGUGUCCCCACCUCCAACGUUUCCGUCGUUGACCUGACCUGCCGCAUCGAGAAGGCUGCCACCUACGAUGAGAUCAAGGCCACCAUCAAGAAGGCCUCCGAGAACGAGCUCAAGGGCAUCCUCGGCUACACCGAGGACGACAUCGUCUCCACUGACCUGAACGGUGAUGACCACUCCUCCAUCUUCGAUGCCAAGGCCGGUAUCGCCCUGAACUCCAACUUCAUCAAGCUGGUCUCCUGGUACGACAACGAGUGGGGCUACUCCCACCGUGUUGUUGACCUGAUCUCCUACAUCGCCAAGAUCGAUGGCCAGUAG